UGGUCCUAGAAUCCAUUAUUUAGUCAUUUUACAAAUAUAUUUCCUCAAAUUUCUUGACUUUAAACAUGUUCACAAAAUAGACUCUUUAAAGCAACAUAGCCUGCUACUUAAUCGAUCCCCUACUUCAAACCGUCCAAGAACAAUAACUAAUUACUCAUGGAUUCUUUAACACGACCCACACUUCCCAUAAUAGACUUCGCUAAGAAUAACUUAAAACCAGGUUCAAGCUCUUGGCUUUCUUUAAGCAAAGAUGUCGUCCGUGCACUUGAAGACUAUGGUUGUUUCAUUGUGAUUUAUAGCGAAGUCUCCUCAGAACUACACCAAGCGAUUUUUCGUGCAGCAGAAGAAUUAUUUGAUCUGCCGACUGAAAUGAAAGUUCUAAACACUUCAGAUACACCCUCCCAUGGCUACGUAGGGCAAGAGCCUAUCAUUCCCUUAUACGAAGGUUUGGGCAUUGAAAAUGCGACGACUUUUGAAGGAGUUCAAAGGUUCACAAAUCUCUUAUGGCCUUCUGGAAAUGAGCGUUUUAGUGAAACUGUUCUAGCAUAUUCAAAUAUUGUGGCCGGAUUAGAUCAAGUUGUAAUGAAGAUGGUGGCGGAGAAUUAUGGCAUAGAGAAGGAGCUUGAAUCACUUCUUGGAUCAAUCUCCUACCUUCUUCGACUGAUAAAAUACCGAGGACCAGAAAUAAAUGGAACGAAUUUGGGUAUUGUUCCUCACACUGAUAAGAGCUUCAUGUCCAUUCUUCAUCAGCAUCAAGUGAAGGGCUUGGAGAUUAAGACAAACGAUGAUGAAUGGAUGGCUAUUGAUCCCUAUCCUUCUUCAUUCAUUGUCAUGGCAGGCGAUGCUUUUAUGGUAUACUCACGUAACCUUUUUCUGCAAUAUUUUCUUUUACACUACACACAGACAUCAUAUAAAGGUUAUACAAGUGUCAGACUUCCAUUCCAAGGCAAAUCACCAAUAUGAAUAAUCGUCUUUGUCUAAAAAUUAAGACUAUUAGCUCUUCAGCAAAGCACACACAAAUCCUCGG